CCUUGGGGCCCGCCGCCUCGGCCAUGCAAGUGCCACUGCAACUGGUGAGCACCGCUGGCAACCCACCCGGAGUUGACAACCGCAGAAAGACGCAGACACCCACUGACCUCCAGGCAACAGAGCGAGGUGGAUGGAACUCUACGAUCUCUUUCUCUCCAAGGACGGAAACCUCAUCCAAGCAGUCCCAGAGGAAACCGACAAAGGUAUUUGAAAGGGAGCAAGCGGCCCCAAAUCGCAAAAUUGAGCGACUGUGGGAGUUAUGCGCCAAUGCCCCAGUGACAGCGGGACACGGAGAGGGGAAGUCUGCGUUGUACAUAAGGACCUAGGGACUCCGAGCUUGGCCUGAGAACCCUUGGACGCCGAGUGCUUCCCUUAUGGGCUGCGCUCCUCAACUCUGCUCCAAAGCAGCCGCUGAGCUCAACUCCUGCGUCCAGGGCGGUUCGCUGCGCGGCAGGACGCGCUUAGUACCCAGUUCCUGGGCUCUCUCUUCAGCAGCUACUUUGAAAGCUCCCACGCACGUCCCGCAGGCUAGCCUGGGAACAACACCGGGGUAAACCGUCCCCAGAACGUGACCUAGAGGUACCUGCGCAUGCAGAUGGCCGAUGCAGCCGCGAUAGCUACCAUGAAUAAGACAGCAGGCGGGGACAAGCUAGCAGAACUCUUCAGUCUGGUCCCGGACCUUCUGGAGGCUGCCAACACGAGUGGUAACGCGUCGCUGCAGCUUCCGGAUUUGUGGUGGGAGCUGGGGCUGGAGUUGCCGGACGGCGCGCCGCCAGGACAUCCUCCGGGCAGCGGCGGGGCAGAGAGCGUGGACACCGAGUCCCGGGUGCGGAUUCUUAUCAGCGUAGUGUACUGGGUGGUGUGCGCCCUGGGGUUGGCGGGCAACCUGCUGGUGCUCUACCUGAUGAAGAACAUGCAGGGCUGGCGCAAGUCCUCUAUCAACCUUUUCAUCACCAACCUGGCACUGACGGACUUUCAGUUUGUGCUCACCCUGCCCUUCUGGGCGGUGGAGAACGCUCUUGACUUCAAAUGGCCCUUCGGCAAGGCCAUGUGUAAGAUCGUGUCCAUGGUAACGUCCAUGAACAUGUACGCCAGCGUCUUCUUCCUCACUGCCAUGAGUGUGACACGCUACCACUCGGUGGCCUCGGCUCUGAAGAGCCACCGGACGCGAGGACACGGCCAGGGCGACUGCUGCGGCCGGAGCCUGGGGGACAGCUGCUGCUUCUCGGCCAAGGCGCUGUGUGUGUGCAUCUGGGCUUUGGCCACGCUGUCCUCGCUGCCCAAUGCCAUUUUCUCCACCACGGUCAAGGUGAUGGGCGAGGAGCUGUGCCUGGUGCGCUUCCCGGACAAGUUGCUGGGCCGCGACAGGCAGUUCUGGCUGGGCCUCUACCACUUGCAGAAGGUGCUGUUGGGCUUCGUGCUGCCGCUGGGCAUCAUUAGCUUGUGCUACCUGCUGCUGGUGCGCUUCAUCUCCGACCGCCGCGUAGCAGGGCCGGAAGGAGGGGACGCGGUAGCCAGAGGAGGCCCGGUCGGAGCCAGCGCCCGGAGACUGUCGAAGGUGACCAAAUCAGUGACCAUCGUUGUCCUGUCCUUCUUCUUGUGUUGGCUGCCCAACCAGGCGCUCACCACCUGGAGCAUCCUCAUCAAGUUCAAUGCAGUGCCCUUCAGCCAGGAGUAUUUCCUGUGCCAGGUAUACGCGUUCCCUGUGAGCGUGUGCCUGGCACACUCCAACAGCUGCCUCAACCCCAUCCUCUACUGCCUCGUGCGCCGCGAGUUCCGCAAGGCGCUCAAGAGCCUGCUGUGGCGCAUCGCGUCUCCUUCGCUUACCAGCAUGCGCCCCUUCACCGCCACUACCAAGCCGGAGCCCGAGGAUCAGGGGCUGCAGGCCCUGGCGCCGCUCCGAGCGGCCACGGAGCCGGACCUGCUCUACUACCCACCUGGCGUCGUGGUCUACAGCGGGGGGCGCUACGACCUGCUGCCCAGCAGCUCUGCCUACUGAUGCGGGCCUCAGGCCCAGGGCACGCCGUCGCGGCAAGGUGGCCUUCCCUGGGCGGUGAAGGAGGGGAACGGAUUAAGGAGGGUUUGGGGCAGAGUCGGGCGCGGGGGAAGCAUUUAAGAAGUAGGUGAGAGGAGGAUGGACAGAGCAUGGAGGAGGAGCCUGUGGAUAGGCUGGAGGACCUUCUCUGGAGAGGGGAUGCUUCGAAAUCAGGUGGAGAGAGGAAGCUGGCAAAGGGGCAGAGAUGAGCUCUACGGGCCAGACCGCCAACCUCCGCUCCGCACCCCACAGCCUUUCCUUACUCUUCCCACGCUGGGCAGUGUGAAGGCGCCCAGAAGCGGAGAGAAGCAGCAAAAAUGUAGAUAAAUUGGCACACCGAGCAGGGCUUAGCCAAAUGAUGCGCAGACAAUUGUGCCCGUUUAUUCCUGCGACUUCUGCGGAGAGUGCAGCCGCCGCCACAAAGUCUCCUUUGCGCCUUGGCUAACGAGACUGCAGCAACACCAAGGUCCUACUUGCUGCGGGGCUGCCCCAGGAAUCUAGAGCUAGGAGGCAAGAAACGUUUUUGGAGUUAAGAAAGAGAACUGACCAUCCUGAUGCGUCCCCAGGAGAAACGGCAAAGGAAAGCCACCUCCCAUGGAGUCAUUAUGACGAUUAUCAUUCCGGACUGGGCCAGCGGGAACACACUGAGCCCGACCUAGCUGCACAGCCCCGGAGCUCAGACGUUAGCAGGGGGAUAACACCUGUCACCAGCUUGGGAGAGCGAUUCUCUGGGGAGUGGCGUCACUGAGGGAGGGAGCGGACGCAGUGUAAUUAGAAGGGCUGGUUAAGGUUGCUGCCCCAAAAGGUAAAAGGGGGCUCAUAUGCUCACUUGGUAGCAGAAUUGGAAGUGGAGUGCUGGAGCGUUGCGAGGAGGAAGCCCAGGCGCUCCAGUUCCUCUGAGAGCAGGCUGGGUGCCUGCAGGCACUCUGGUAUGCGUGCUGCCGGUGAGCUGGGCCCAGAGGCGUCUUGAAGAGCUCUACUGGGAAGAGUGGGGGCACUUCUGUAUUUCCUCCCUUCCCACGCUUUGGGAAUCAAGCUGUUCCUUUGAUUGAGGCCCUGGACCAGCGAGUAGAGGGAUGGUUCAGUAUUUUUUUUUUUUCUAGUAGGCUUAGAUAGAAGAGCAAGAAAUGCCGCAGAAAUGUGCAAGGGGAAUUGGGGCGGGGGGCAGGGGAAGCGGAAUCUUGGAAACCAAAUUCCUAGAAGCUGGGUCGGAUCUCUCAAACGGAGGUGUGGGGUAGGAAAGAAAAUAGUAGGUUCAGGUACUAUGUUCUAAAGGGAACAGAGUACUGGAGAAACUGUUCUGAGGGUAUCACCAGAAUUUCAGAUGUAGGUUUCUUUAUUACUUAUAUUAUUGACAAGAGAAGGUAGGAAAUAGGAAUUCCCAUCGGACAAAACCAUCACCAAUUUUCAUUUAUUCUAAAGAGUGCUUUACAUAUUGAGCAUGCAUGACAAAUUCUUUUCCCAGCCUCCAGACAGUUUAUGGAGCUGUCUUUAAAGAUUGCCUCACAUGUCUCAUGUCUACUCUGUUCUGAUCACAGGAGCUUAAGAUGUUAAACCCUCACAAAGUCCUUUCUUGAGGCUCUUCUUAGAACUGGGAUCAAACAUCAGUCUACCCACCCAUCUGCUGGCUUUGAUAGAGGUACUGCUACUCUCUUUGGCAACCUGGUUUGGGGUCAAGAAACCAAUGAUGCAGGCACCCACUGGGGUGGUUGUUUUAAUAUAAUAAAUAGCCAUUCAUAAAAACAGGUCUGUUUAAAGAGCCUCUUGAACAGUAGAAUUGUUUAGUAGUGUUGUGAAAAGUUUUUCUGCAGUAUCUGAGAUUCAGGGCUCAAAAUGUGAGAUCUACAACUCCCACUUUCCCUGAUCUGCUUUUUGUGAUUGCAAAACACACUGAAAUGACUAGACAUUCAUGGCUUCUCACAAAAGCAGAAGGUGCCAGUCUGGAUUCUGAGCAGUCUUGUGAAGUCAGCUCGUUUAGAAAACUGAACGGUGUGUUUGUUUUGAAGUAGUCCAUUUUCUUUUUCACCCUUUGGGAAGAACAUUUAUUGAUAUAGACAUUGAAUAGCAAUUGGGCUAACAAAGACUGAAAUGUAAGUUCCACAAAAGUCCCCCAAAUACAAAAUACAUGAAAAAGUAAACACGGGAAAAAAGUAACAUUUGCAUAGUAGGAGAUCCUUCUAUAACACGGAUAAUAGACUCUUAAUGAGAGAUUCUUAUCAAAGCAAAUUGCCAUUUCAAUUUUAACAAUAGAAUAAUAUGUGGGUAGCUCAGAAUUCUUAGGAAAGGGUGUUGAAGUAUGUGCAUCUGCCACUAAGAGCACUAGAAAAACAGAAGAGAAGGAGCUGGAGGAAUAGAAAAAAAAAUAACCUCUAUAAAAAGGGUCACUUUGUCCAAAUCUCAAACACGGGGCUUCUGAGAACGUGGCAGGAGGGAUCAUAGAUCUUGACUUUGAUCUACCACAAGGACAAAAGGGUCACCAAGGAAAUGGUCAGAUCAAUUGUAAUCAACAAUUAGUUUUUGAGUGGCUGUUGUGUGCCAGCCCCUGUGCAGGGUGCUGAGGUGAUAUGCAUGAACCAGACAUGUUUCUGACUUCCACAUGUAAAAGGACAGACAGCCGUGAGCACAAGCAAGAUAAGACAGGGAAUGAUGAGCUGAAUGUCAAAGUAAGGCUGAAAAAAAGAAAGACAAAGGAAGGAAAGGUUGAUCCUGCUGGGAGAUCAGACUUUCUGGUCAAAAUAAUAUUUGAGAUAGGUCUAGAUAUAUGGGCAUAGUUUAGGCAGAAUGGCAGUGGUGGGUUCGGAGGCAGAGAGGAUAUUCAACGCUAAUAAAAUGUGACUAAAAGCUUUAAUGUUGGAAUGUCAGAUGCUUGGUUGGAAACAUCAGAAGCAGGAAACAAAGUAGUAGGUAUUCUCUUCUCUUGCAGGAUUUCCCAGGAUUUCUGUUGAGAGUAUGCGUCCUUGUACUAGUUUUAUUUGUCUGGGGAAAGGAAAUUUCUUUUGCCAGAAAGAAUAUGUCAUUGGUAUACUGAGAACAAAUACUUAGAUUCCCAAAUGUGGUUAAAGGCUUUGAAAAUUGGAUUAUAUUUACUCAUUCAAA